UAAGCAAUAAGUUCAGUUUGCUAAACAUCCGCUUACUACUUUAAUCAACUAAUCAAAAUAUCAAUUUCAAUAACAGAUCAGCGCUAACAAGACUUUGAUAUUCUUGGAAAAUCCCAAACACAACGAAUCGGGAGUAUUUGUUGAAUUGAGUCGCCUUAACUCUCAGUCAUAACUCGAGGUAAUCACUGAACCCAGCAAUACUAGAACUCCCCAAAUUUCACAUUUCAUCAACUAACCCAGACAGAAAUGAAGAAGCAGAAGCUCAUCCCCCUCAAACGACAUCGUUUUUCAAACCCCAACCCAAUCCCCAUCACUUCAACCUCACCGACCGAACACAACGACGAUAAUUUCAUCUCCAUCCUAAACGACAUCGUCCGAGGCAAGCAAAGCUGGAACACUCAGCUCAACAACACCUACAUUUCCUCGUAUUUAAAGCCUCACCAUGUCGAAAAGGUCUUAAUUCAAACCCUAGAUGACUCUCGUUUAGCUCUUCGUUUUUUCAAUUUUCUAGGUUUACAUCGUAAUUUUAAUCACUCCACGACGUCGUUUUGUAUACUAAUUCACUCGCUUGCUGUGUCUAAUUUGUACUGGCCUGCUUCGUCGAUAAUUCACACGCUUUUCGUGAAGUGUUCGGAGGCUAGGAUGUUGUUUGAUUGUUUUUGGUAUGCGUAUAAUGCGUGUGGAUUUAGUUCGAGUGUCGGGUUUGAUUUGUUGAUUCAGGCCUAUUUGUCGAAUAGGAGGGUGUUGGAUGGGGUUAGGAUUGUGAGGUGGAUGGGGGAAUGUGGGUUGGUGCCGGAAGUUAGGACGAUUAGCGGGGUGUUGAAUGGAUUGGUUAGGGUUAGGCGGUUUGAUUUGGCGGUGGCGGUUUUUGAGGAGGUUGUUGGUUUGGGGGUAAGGGCGGAUGCUUAUAUGUAUAAUGCGGUUAUUAGGGCGUUGUGUGAAUUAAAGGAUUUUGAGGGAGUGGAUCGGUUGGUUUGUAGGAUGGAGCGGAGUGGGUGUGAAUUGAGUGUUGUUACGUAUAAUGUGUUGAUUCAUGGGCUUUCUCAGAGCGGUAGGGGUGUUGAGGGUGUGCAAGUGAAGAGUUCGUUGGGUGAGAAGGGAUUGGAAGCUGAUGUUAUUACGUAUUGUACUUUGGUUUUGGGGUUGUGUAGAGUGAAGGAGUUUGAUAGCGCUAGGGAGUUGAUGAAGGAGAUGGUUGGUUUAGGGUUUGUGCCGAGUGAAGCGGCUGUUUCAAGUCUUGUUGAGGGGUUGAGAAAGAAUGGUGAUGUGGACGGUGCUUAUGAUGUGAUUAGUGUAGCGGGGAGACUGGGCGCUGUUUCGAACUUGUUUGUUUAUAAUGCAUUGAUUAAUUCCUUGUGCAAAGAUGGAAGACUAAAUGAAGCGGGGGUACUUUAUAGGGAUAUGUAUCUGAAAGGAUUGUUCCCAAAUGACAUAACUUAUUCUAUUUUCAUUGAUGCAUUCUCUAGAAGGGGAAAAAUGGAUGCUGCCCUUGUUUUCUUUGCUAAAAUGAAUGUUGCAGGAGUGAAAUCAACAGUUUAUCCUUACAAUUCUCUGAUUAGCGGGCAUUGCAAUUUUGGAAAGAUUAGUACAGCAGUGACUUUCCUUAGUAAGAUGAUUAAUAAGGGACUGGUUCCAUGUGUUGUAACUUAUACAGCUUUGAUAUCGGGAUACUGCAAAGAUAAACAAGUGCACAAAGCUUUCAGGCUCUACCAUGAGAUGACUGGAAAAGGAAUUUCACCAAAUACUUAUACAUUCACUGCGCUCAUAUCUGGUCUUUGCCGUGCAAACAUGAUGGAGGAAGCUAGUAAUUUGUUUGAUGAAAUGAGGCAAAUUGUUGUUCCUAACAACGUUACAUAUAAUGUCAUGAUUGAAGGAUACUGUAGGGAAGGUAACACAGUAAAAGCAUUUACAUUGCUGGAUGAAAUGACGGAGAAGGGUCUUGUACCAGAUACAUAUACUUAUAGGUCUCUUAUAAGCGGCCUUUGUUUGACUGGUAGGGUAUCUGAAGCAAAAGAAUUUAUGGAUGACCUUCAUAAAGAACAGAAGCAGUUAAAUGAGAUUUGUUUUAGCACCCUGUUGCAUGGUUAUUGCAAGGAAGGAAGGGUAGGGGAUGCAUUGCAUGCUUGCUCUGAGAUGGUUAAAAGAGGAAUUCCCAUGGAUGUUGUUUGUUAUGCUGUACUUAUAUAUGGAGUACUUAAACUGAAUGAUACCCCAAAAAUGUUGGAAGUUUUGAAGGUGAUGCACCUUGUGGGUCUCAGACCUGACAACAUUAUUUAUACUAAUAUGAUUGAUGCCCUCUGUAAAGGUGGAGAUCUUCAAAAGGCAUUUAGAUGCUGGAAGGUAAUGCUGGAAGAAGGAUGCCUUCCAAAUAUUGUGACAUUUACUGUAAUUAUAAAUGGUUUGUGCCAGGCAGGGCUUGCGGAUAAAGCUGAGAUUCUGUGCAACGAGAUGCUGGUUAGUAAAUACAUUCCGAAUCAUGUUACUUAUGGUUGUUUUUUAGACAAUCUCACGAAAGAAGGGUACAUGGAUAGAGCUUUACAGUUGCACAAUGCAAUGCUUAAAGGUUUUCUGGCCAACACUAUUACAUACAACAUGUUGAUUCGUGGUUUCUGCAAGCUGGGCAGGGUUCAGGAAGCAUCCCAAAUGUUAAUUGAGAUGACAAGUAAAUACAUUUUACCAGAUUGUAUAAGCUAUUCUACAAUUAUUUAUGAAUUCUGUAAAAGAGGUGACUUAAAGGUAGCCAUAAGAAUGUGGAACUCCAUGCUUGAAAAGGGUUUGCAGCCUGAUUUACUGGCAUACAAAUAUUUGAUACAUGGGUGUUGUGUUACUGGGGAACUGACAAAGGCUUAUGAACUGCGAGAUGACAUGACAAAAAGAGGUAUCAAGCCGAAUCACAGUAUCUAUAAUACUAUCGUUCAAGGUAUUUGCUCUAAUGGUUAUAAGCAAUUAAAUGGUGGUGAGUAACGUUAACAGACCUGCAGUAAUUGAUGUUUCAGAAACAAGCUGCAAUUUGACUGUAAUUUAGGACUAAUUUGAUUCUGAACAUAAUUUCAUAUAUUUAUGUAAAUUACAUUAAAAAAUGUACAAUAUUACUUUGGGGCACUACUUAGCAUGAAAAUGCUUCCAACAGAUAGAUAGAUAUAGGGGGGAGUAUGCUAUUUGUGUGAAGCCCACUCUUCUUUGAUAGUUGGCAGAUACAGUUGUAAUUUUUUCUUGUCUUCAGCAAUACAAAAACAUAGAGUAGUUUGGUUUAUCAUUAAUCCCUUUGAGGGAAAUUUUGUCUA